AUGUCACGCUUUAGUGCAAACCGAGGCAAAAAGCUGCCUGGUUCGGAGUUCUCGUGGGAUACGGAGGCUGGGGGAGAGCCGGAUAACGCACCUACGCCAUUGUUUCCAAAAUACUCAUUUCCAAUUGCAAAACCGCUUACAGAGGAGGAACGCAGCCAGGUUGACUAUUACAGGCGGUUACGAGAGAUGAUACACGACGGACCCUAUUAUACAGUGUUGAGCGCAUCCCCUUUAUCACAUAUUGGAGGAGCAGCAGCUUCGAGAAAAGCUCAAUUUGAUCCUUUUCAAGGAAUGGCGACGUAUGGACAGAGGUAUUUGAAGAAAACUCGGACGUUACCAAAACUUUCAGGAAGACAGUAUGUUAUGAACUUUUUCCCAAAAGAGCUUUGGUCGACCCUCGACCCAAAAUAUGCCAGUUUGCAAGCUGGUGGUGCCAAUGGACUUGGUUCUCUUUUACGAGGCGGCCAAAAGCGCGGCUUUGAGGAUGAAGAAGAUGGCGAUGGGGACGUUGGCCCGUCUCGGAAGAGAAUAGCAGCUGAUGAAGAAGAUGAGGAAGGAUCGGAGGCCGGUGAAAAACGCAAACAGGGAGCUGGAGUGGACGAUGAGGAUUUGUUGGACGAGGAAGAAGAUGAAGGGGAAGAGGGAAUUGUUGAUGAUGAUUUCGAAGACGAUGAGGAGGAUAUGGGCGGUGAUUAUAACGCGGAACAGUAUUUCGAUGGCGGGGAUGAUGAUGGAGAUGGGUACGACGGGGGUGGAGAAGGGGAGAAUGAUACUUAUUAA